GCUCGCCGCUGUCAGCUGCGCCGGAAGUUCCUGGCCCGGCCUGGCGGUAACCUUGGGGUCUUCGCCGCCCGAGCAGCCACGGCCGCCGCGGGGGUGGGCUUUGCUAGUCCGAGCCUCAGCCGGGGCCAGGUCUGUUAGGUGCCAGGAACCGCCGGGUUGCGCAGGAGUUCGCUGAGGUUCCCGGGGAGUAGGAAGCGCGGGCGCAGGGCCUCCCAGCCGACAUGUCUCUAGUGGCAGAAGCCUUCGUCUCGCAGAUUGCAGCUGCAGAACCUUGGCCUGAAAAUGCUACAUUAUAUCAGCAACUGAAAGGGGAGCAAAUUUUGCUUUCUGACAAUGCAGCUUCUCUUGCUGUGCAGGCCUUUUUGCAGAUGUGUAAUCUGCCUGUCAAAGUGGUUUGCAGGGCAAAUGCAGAAUAUAUGUCUCCAUCUGGUAAAGUACCUUUUAUUCACGUAGGAAAUCAAGUAGUAUCGGAACUUGGUCCAAUAGUCCAAUUCGUUAAAGCCAAGGGCCAUUCUCUUAGUGAUGGGCUGGAUGAAGUCCAGAAAGCAGAAAUGAAAGCCUACAUGGAAUUAGUCAACAAUAUGCUGUUGACUGCAGAGUUGUAUCUUCAGUGGUGUGAUGAAGCUACUGUAGGGGAGAUCACUCAUGCUAGGUAUGGAUCUCCUUACCCUUGGCCUCUGAAUCAUAUUUUGGCCUAUCAGAAACAGUGGGAGGUCAAACGUAAGAUGAAAGCUAUUGGAUGGGGUAACAAGACUCUGGACCAGGUCUUAGAAGAUGUAGACCAGUGCUGUCAAGCUCUUUCUCAAAGACUGGGAACACAACCAUAUUUCUUCAAUAAGCAGCCUACUGAACUAGAUGCACUGGUAUUUGGCCAUCUGUACACCAUUCUUACCACACAGUUGACCAAUGAUGAACUUUCUGAGAAGGUGAAAAACUAUAGCAACCUCCUUGCUUUCUGUAGAAGAAUCGAACAACACUAUUUUGGUAAAGUCAGCUCAUCCAUCAGAUUGUCUUAGAGUUAUGUGUUAAUUUAGUUAUUUAAAAAGUUUAACUUUUGAAAUAUAUGUUACUUGAAUGAUGUAAUAGAUAAUGGUAUCAGAAUUUUAAAACCAAAAAUACUGCUUUUCAAAACCUCAAAACAAAUUACAUAAUGUAUACGUGUACCGUAUACUGCUAUUUGUGUAUACAUUAAAAUAAUUUUGAAUGAUUUCAUUUGAUAUGUUGUACUCUAUGUCUUGAAAUUUUUGGUUUUUUUGACACAUGUAUGCAUAUAAAAAUAAAGCUCAAACAACUUUGUG